AUGACCGGGGUGAACAUCAUAAAGGCUGCGUAUCGCAAGAUUUCGCUCUUGAUACAUCCCGACAAGAACGGCAACUCAGUGAAAUCCACCACGGCCUCUAAGCAGUUGAACGCUGCGUGGGCGGUGCGGAAUUUCCUUGUGGGCAACCUCCCUAGGGUCCGAAAGCGGCCGCUGACGCGGGAGGAGCAGCGUUUCUUGGAACAGGAAGCUCUCGUGUCGCGCCUUACCGAGGCGCGGCGUUGCGAUCUUUGCAGCUGCUACUUCGUCCCCGAGCGUCUCCUCGAGCGACCGGGUGCCGGCGGCUCCUUCCGGUGUCCAGGCCGGGGGGGCUCUGCUCCAGCACCUCCCGGCCGUGAUGUUCCUCCGACCGAGGCGCUGCUUGGGCGUUUGACGCAUUUGAUGGGUUUGAUGCCCCCCGCCAGGCUCCUGGCCCCGAACCGUCGAGUGCUGGCUCUCCUUCCGGUGCCGAGGCCGGGGGACUCUGCUUCAGCGCCUCCCGGCCGUGAUGCUCCGCCGACUGAGGACAGUGGCUUCAUGGACCAUGAGGCCCGGUUCUGUGCCUCGAACCGGGCCGUGUCCGUGGCGGGGCUUGAUCGCGCGCUGGCCUUGGACGGCACGAGGCGUGCAGAUGCCUUCGACAUGUUCGAGGAGCUCUAUGGCUCCGACAGAGGGUGGGAGCAUAGUGUCAAUGCCUGUGGGGCCGGCCGUCCCUGCAGGGCGGCUUUGGCAAAGUGGCUUGGGAUUCUUGAGAGGUUCCCCGAGGAUUUUGGUUUGACUUUGUCGAUUCGCUUAGACCGGGAAAAUGGACGAGAUGCCGACUUGAAGACCUCAUUGCAAGAUGUGUUUUCUCAGAAGGCGAGCGUAACAAUCUCGGGCCGUGCCGGGCCUCUAGCCAGGUACGUCAAGCAUUGCCGAGGUCAGCAGGUCAAUCCUUUCCCUGUCACCGAAGCCGGGGUCUAUGCUUUCCUUCAGGACUAUGCAUCACACGAGGCGCCCACUUUCGCAAGGAGCUUCUUGAGCAGCCUCGCUUUUGCAAAGUUCACUGUGAGCUUGAAGGUGAGCGAUGAAGUCUUUAGCCCCAGGGUCCGUGGGCUGUCGUCGAAGCUAUAUCUUGACAAGAGAAAGACUCGACAGAAGCCAGCUCUUAAAGUUGAUCAUGUGCGCAAGUUGGAAGCCAUUGCAACUGGUUCGAUCAAUUUCGAACCCGCAGAUCGGGUCGCUGCCGGCUUCUUUGUUUGGACCCUUUACGCACGAGCGAGGUACUCAGAUGCCCAGGCUGCAGGUGCAAUGACUUGCGACUUGAGUGAUACUCCAGAUGGCGUUGUGGGAUACCUUGAGGCUGCUGUUGAGCGAAGCAAAACUUCGUUUUCACUUGAAAGAAAGGUCAGGCACUUGCACAUGUUCGCUCCCAUCCAGGGAAUAGGCGAGGUGCCCUGGGGUGUUAAGUGGUUUGAGUUCUAUAAAGUGCAUGGGCCUCCUUUGGGGACGGGUAAGCCCUUGCUUCCGAGUCCGCUCUCUGGAGGAGGGUGGCAAACAGCGCCGUUGGCGGUGGCAAGUGCCACGAAAUGGAUGAAGUCACUCUUGAUCCGUGCAGGAUGCGACAGGUCUUCCGUCGAAUCGCUUGGGACGCACAGUCUCAAGGCGACGACCUUGAGUUGGAGCGCCAAAUUCGGAUUAACCCGCGAGGUGAGAGCGGCCCUUGGUUAUCACGCCAGGGGCCGUGAUGGAACCGAGAUCAUCUAUGGGAGAGACAACAUGUCUGCUCCUGUGCGCCGGCUGCAAGAGGUCCUGCUCGAAGUGUCACGCGAAAGGUUCAUGCCGGAUGCCACCAGGUCCGGCUACUUCGUGAAGCGCUUUGGACAGCCGGAGGGGAUACCCAUUCCUCCUGACGAGGUUCUUUCGGAUUCUUCCUCCGAGGCCAGCGAGGAUGCCGAGGAUGUCGAUCAUGAAGCUGCGGAGGCCGCCGCCGAUGAGUUGGGGAGGCAAUGGGAGCCCGAUGCAGGCUUGCGGGCCGAGCUUGAGGCAGUCCCUUUGUUCAGGAAUAAAGACAGCCGUUUCAUUCAUGCAGUCGUGUCCGAGGAGGGCGACAAGUUCAGAUGUGGCAGGAGAGGUGCUGUAGAAAAGAAGGGAUUUCUGAGUGUCUGGAGCGUGAUUCUUGAGCUGAGUGAUGCGCUCACGCAUCGCACUGUGAAUGCAUUAGAACAUGCUGACAUACUUCAUGUGACUUUUAAGCGGAUUGCUAGCCGGGUCCUUCUCCUGAAGAUGGCGAACUACUCUGAGAGCCAAUCGGUUCUGCAGUCACGAUUGAGCGUCGUGGGUUUCGCGGAAGGAGAUGUCCUGAAAAUUCUGCCUGAGGUGGGAAACUUGAGGAGGCUGGCUUUCAUUUCUUCUUUCACCCCUGGCCAGACAGACGAGGAGCCUUUGAUGCGGGUGUUGAAGGAUAUCUUGAAACGAGAUCUGACAAUUGCAGACAAGGCCAAUUGGCGUGCGGUGUACAAUGAGGCUUAUGCCAUUGUGACCGCGGAAAUGAAGCAGCGGAUCGAGAAGGCCGAUCCCGAGUCGACUGUCAGGCCAUUGUCGCAGCCUGAGAGGUCUGAGCGUUACGAGCGGCAGGCAAAGAAGCUUGUCGGAAUUUCGCUAAAGGGGCCUCUGGAGCCUGCCGAUGCACUUGUCGACCUUGCUGUGGCCUCCUACGAGGCGAAUGAGCUCAGGUACAUUCCGUGGGACCGGUGUGUGUCAAAGGAAGCUGAAUUGGCUGGCGAGAAGAAGCGAGAUGUUAGGUUCACGGUCGAAGAGUCCUCUGGCAAGCUUCGGAUUGAGCAUAAGCAGCCUGACUUGGUCGCGGAUACUUCAUCCGAGAUUCUUGUUCAGCAGGCCCUCACGAGGAGGUCUCUGGCCAUGGAUCAGGCGAACCUGAUCGAUUUCAGUGUCUCCGACCAAUGGACUCAGCGCUUGAUGAAGGCUCGCAUGCAGACGCCUGCGGAGCAUUUUGUCAGGCCCACUUGGAAGCAGCUUGAGUCGGCGGAUCGGCAGCUGUUUGCCGAGCUUCGUGAUAAGACCAGGGCAGGAGUGCAGACCGUCGCAUCGGGUCGCCCGUUGGACACACUUCUGCCGGAUGCGAUGUACAUGAACGAAGUGUCAUGCUUAUUGCAACCUUUUCCGGCCCCUGCCUUAAAGGAUGUUCCCCAGAAGCCGGAUGCUCCCAAGUGGGAGAGGCCAUCUCCUUACACCAAAGGUGGGGGCAAAGGAAAGAAAGGCUGCUCGACGAAGGGGCAGAAGUGCGAGAAGGGCUUGCACAUCUGUGCAGCGGCCGGUGCUCCAGAGAGUGUGCAUCAGCCGGCAGCGAGGACAGCACAGGUGGAUGAUCUCCGAGAGGGAGUUCAUCGGCCGAGCAAUGCAUGCGCGGGCGGCUUUCCUCCGAGUGGGGUGGAUUGUCGUCCGCAAUCAGGUGUUGAUCGAGAGGAUCAUCACGUGCACAACGUUGGCUCUCACAGUGCCAUCGCCAGGCCAUCACCAGGUGUGGUGGAGGCCGCACGCAGCAGGUCCCCGAAGCCCCGUGACGGGGCGGAGUCCCGGAGCCGCACAGCGGGCUCUACACUUGACGAGGGUCAUGUGAGUGCCACCGAUGUUCUGCGAGUCUUCGAUGGUCUUCCUUCGGAUGUCUUGAAGAGGGGUGCCGAUGCACCUCUCCCAGCUUCGAAAUCUUAUGCCACGGGAGCGUAUGUUCUUGGUGGUAAUGUAGGCCUAAAGGCCAAUGCCUCAGCCAACCCGGAGGCGCUCAAAGUCUUUGCAAGGUUUGUGAGACAGCGUGCACCGGGGUUUAAAUUUUCUUCAAUAAAUAUAUUCGAGGAUGUUCGCACUGAGCGCCAUCGUGAUCAGGGGAAUGCCAACUUGCAUAACUUGGCGAUUGCACUGACUGAAUUCUCAGGUGGAGCCAUCUUUGUGGAGCAUGAAAACGGUCGGGAUGUAUCCGACCUUAACGGUGCCCGAGGCUCUCGCUUGCAGGUUGCAAAGGGCCCUGUCCGAUUCAAUGCCAGACACAAUUGGCACUACACCGAGGCGUGGCAGGGCCGUAGAGUCUUGCUGGUUGCAUUCACAAUCCGUCAUGUCGAAUCCCUAUGCAAGGAACAUCUUGACUUUCUCCGCGAGUGUCAUGUUGAUGUUCCGGAAUGCGCGCCCGAGGACGCGCGGUUGGCGCCUGCAGAAGUGUGUGCUCGUCAGCCGCCAUCCUUGACCUCUACUGCAGCUCAGGAGUCGCUUAGGCCCUUGCCCGCUUCGGUUGUCCCCGCCGUUGCCCCUAAAGAACCUGUGAGCGACCCUGCUAGUCCCUUGAAGCCCGGUUCUGCUCUCUAUGUCGAGAUAAAGUGUGGGUCCGGGCUGCUGCCGGCUCGGGUGCGGCGGGACGGAUUCCAAAUCAUAGCGCUUGAACAUUCUCGCCCCGCUGGGCGAGUGCACACUCACCUUGUCCCUGUGGACAUUGAAACUGAGUCGGGUUUCUCCUUUGUGCAGACUGUCAUCAGCCAAGACGCCCCUUUUCACGUGCACUUCUUUCCUGCGACCAAGGAUUGUUUUAAGGCUACUUUUAGCGCCGGGCAAACCAUUCGCCUAGCCAAACUCUUGCUUGCGUCUGACUCGCAUUGGAGUGUCUUGCAUCCACUGGCGUCAGCCCUGUGGAAACAGCUCGACUUGCCCGACAACCUCCAUUGCGUAGACUUCUGUGCAGGUUGCUACGGGGCUCCCUGUCCGGUCAAAAUGCGUCUGUGCACAACCCAGGCCGCGCUGGCUGGCAUGCCGGUGCCAGCAUGUCGUUGUCGCCCCGGGCCCCACGCUGCGGGCUCGCUUGCACCAGAUGUCUUGUACACAACCAAAUUCUGUGAUGUGUUUGCUGGCCUCCUGCAGCUGGCGGUUGGCCAGUCUGGCCUCUUGCUUGAGCACGCUGUUCCACUGCAGAGUUCGCGGCAUUCUGCCGUCGCAGCUGGGCGGCAGCCUCGAUUGUCAAAAUUCCAGCCGCAGAUCGCCGAGUUUAAGUGCCAGGCCACGGUCCGUGAGUUCCCGUGGCCCCUUCCUUUGGACAAUAAAGGCAAUCUCACAUGCGCCGUAGGGUCCAUCCCUCCUGGCUCCCGCCUUCUUCGCGUUGUGUGUGAGCGGGGGGUCGUCGGUGCGAAACAGGUCGGAAGCCUGUCAGGUGUGCCUUCAGCAGUUACUUUUGGCAUUUACCGCACGGAACAAGAGUUUGUGGCUCAGGCAUUGCAUAUCGAUCAUCCCUUCGACUUGUGCGUGGCAGUCCCAGACUUCAUGUUGAGAGCGUUGGCUUUUACCUUGAAAGAGGGCCCGGUUGGUGUGAUGAAACACCGUCUGAAUUUGCUCCAGCAGUGGACUUCUUGGAAACGCGAUUUGGCUGGUGCCGAAGCAAAUCUGCAUGCUGCCAUGGAUCCUGGUGUAGCUUCUGUUAUGAAGGGCAAGAACAUUUUGCUUUUGGAGAAGAUUGCAUCGUCUUUCAGUUGGCCAGACACUGAAGUCUUCGAACACCUCAAGCAUGGUUUUCCUUUAGUGGGGGAGUCGAGUCCUUCUGGCAUCUUCGAUGUGGAUAGAAAACCGGCUCUGAUGACAAGGGCAGAGCUUGUGCAGCAUGCUAAGUUCCUUAGGCCUGCGCUGUGGGCAAAGGUGGCGAACGCGGAGGUGGAUGAUUUAGCUCGGGAAGUGUGGGACUCCACACAGCAAGAGAUGCUAGUUAAGGAGUGGCUAACCGGGCCUUACUCGUGGGACGAGCUGCAAGCCCGUCAUCCAGAAGGCUGGCUUCCAGUGCGGAGGUUCGGCAUUGUGCAAAAAGCCAAGACGCGGUCGAUAGACGAUUUGGCCGAGAACUCUGUAAACUGCGCUUAUGCUGUUUCCGAUCGGAUUUCCUUGAGGGCCCUUGAUGAAUUGGUCUGGCUUGCGAUCACCCUCUUUAAGAUCUUCAUUGCAAAAGGCGAGGUGAGCAUCCCUUUGUCGGACGGUGACCAUCUUCGCUUUCCGGUGCAUUCUUUCUGGAGGGCCCUGAAACCCGAUGCGCUUCAGCCGAGCUUGAAAACAGUGGACUUGAAGAGUGCUUAUAAACAGUUGGCGGUUUCUCCACGAGACCGCUGUCUGAGCAUAGUGGCCAUCAAGGACCCGGUUUCGAGGCUUGCGUUUGGCUUCGAGAGCCGAACCCUUCUGUUUGGGGCCACCUCGUCGGUGGUUUCAUUCAAUCGCGUUGCAAGAUUGCUCCAAAGGGUUCUGAUUGCGUUGCAGGUGCUCGCCUGCAACUACUUCGACGAUUACCCGGUUUUAGAGGUCUUGCCGCUUUGUAACAACACGCAGUCGACUGUCAGAGCCGCGUUGGACCUGCUGGGUUUCGCCUGGGCAGAAGAUAAGGAUCUUCCCUUCAGCCAUGAGGCCGAACUUCUAGGCGUUCGGGUUGACCUUGGUAGCUUUGGGGUAGUUAAGAUUGGGAAUAAGCCCGAACGUGCUACUGCCAUCGCUGAGGCGGUGGACUCCGUCUUGAGCGCGGGCCAUCUUGAUCCGAAGACUCUGCCGUCUUUGUUCGGUCGCCUCCAGUUUGCCGAGGGUCAGCUGCACGGGCGAUUGGGCAGAUUGGCAUUGGCCGACCUUAGGGCGUGCACGAUGAGUUCUCAGGCCAAAACCCUUGAUGCCACGGCUGAGCAGGCCCUUUGUAAUUAUAGGUCCCGGGUUCUUGGGGGUACCCCUAGGAUAGUCCCGGCCUGUGUGGGGUCUCGCCGUUCUGUGAUUUUCACAGAUGGAGCGUACGAGCCGACGAAUGAAACUCACCCCGCCACUGUCGGAGGAGUCUUGUACCAUUUCGACAACGGCGCGUGGUGCACUUUCUUCUUUGCAUGUGCUAUCCCUUUGAGCGUUGUACAGAGCUGGGAGGCUCUCGGGAAAAGGCAUUUGAUAGGCCCAGUUGAGAUGUAUGCAGUGGUAUGUGCGAGAGAAGCGUGGGCGAAGCACUUGAACAUGCAAAGGGUGACCAUGUAUGUGGAUCACUCCGGAGUGUUGGCCUCUUUGGUGAAAGGCUCUUCAAAAGACCCUUUGUGGAGGCAACUCUUGCUGAUCUUUGAGAGCUGCGACGCUGAGGCGAUGCUCCCUUGGUUUAGCCGCGUUCCAAGUGCAAGCAACCCGGCCGAUCCUCCUUCGAGAGCUAAGUCAAUCUUUCCAGUCAGGGGGCAGGUGUGCAGAGUGUCGCCUCGAUGCCCGAUCAAAGGCAAUGCCACGAUUGAUCUCCUUCUUAAGUGA